CCUUAGUUCGUCUCCGGUGAGCGCGCGAUGCGGCAGAGUCAAGAGGCUGAAAACUGAUCCUGAUCCCGGAGAGCGGACAGCGCGAGCGCGAGCGCGUGCACUUACCGGCAACACUCAUUACAGGCACGCGCGCUGGAACCAUGCGCAUUCAGUUAGAAGUUCAUCUACAGAUCCUCCUGGCUGUCGGUCUGGCCGUCUUCUGCUUCGGCCUCGUGCUGGGCUGCAUUGUUUGCUGGCGUCGCAGGAAAUCCCAAUCUUCUGACACCAAAGAGGAGGGGUUUUACCUGCAGUCUGCCCCUGCAGAUCAUGUAACUGUAACUCUCAGCUCGUCUCCAUCAAUCAAAAUUCUUCCAGUCAAGCAGCAGUAUGAAGAGCUGGACGGUGACGUAUUGGACUAUCCAUCAGGAGCCAGCAGCUUCACUCCUUCUGAUGACAACCAGGGCAGUUUUCCUCAGGUCUCAACAAGUCUGAAUGUCCCUCAGAAGUCUCGGUUUGCCCUUCGCCGCCUGAGCACCCCCUCUGUUCCCUGUUCCCCAUUUAAACCGACCGUCCAUGGCCGAGCCUCGCUCCCGAGUAUCCCUAAACUUAGCCUGGUGUCUAAAUCACGCCGUGCUCUGGACCGACGCUCAACAGUAAUUGGAGACAGCUUCCUGACAGGCUCUGACCCUGAGCAUUCGCCAUCCAGCCAGCAGGUGGAGCUCUCUCCAUCUCAGUACAGCUCAAGCCAGAGCUCCAGACGCAGUUCCUUCCCAAACAAGCAGCCUCCUGCACUUCAGUUCUCCUUGCUGUUCCAUCCAGCAGAUGGCACUCUCACCGUCAUGAUCCUCAAUGUUUUCAGGGGCUCCAGAAGGCUCAGUGGUGCUAUGGUGCGUGCCAGCCUGCCCCCGAUGUGCCCCGCUGCCCUGCAGGCCGUACCAUCACGCAGAAACAGCCUGAGCCUGGAGCCUCAGACUCAGGUGUUCACUCUGAAUGUCGGCUCCGUAGAAGAACUUCGUUCCUGCACUCUCAAACUGGCCGUGUUUGGGAAAGAUUUCUCAGGACUCCGUGAGACACCGCUUGGUGAUCUAGAGCUCAACUGUAGCGAGAUGGACUGGGAGCCUGAUACCACCAUCACAUACAACCGGCAACUCAAUCCUGCCAGGAGGCGAGUAAAAAAGAGUCACAGCACACAGGAGACUUUGGGCACGCUGAGGACGUCGGUGUGCAUUUUAAAGCCUUUGGGUCAACUUUUUGUCCUGCUUCAGUACCAGACUCAGGCUCAUCGGAUCAAAGUGAUGGUGCGCAAAGCGGAGAACCUGGCCAAGCUAACACGAAUGCCUGGAGCUGCAGAUCAUUACGUUGUUAUCAACCUGCGUCAUGGCGGGAAAGUGAUCAGUACUAAAGAGACGAAGGGAGCGAGCGGACCGAACGCUGUGUGGAACGCACCUUUCCUGUUCGAUUUACCGCCCGGUGAUAUCAUCAGACUGCAGCUAGUCCUGGAGUUCAUCAUCAUGCAGGGACGGUUGUACACGAAAAGCAGCGUGCUCGGCCGUGUUCUGAUUGGCUCUGAGGGCCCAGAGGCGGGGCAACAGCACUGGAAGGAGAUGUGCAGCCGAGGGCAGGUGGAAACAGCGCGCUGGCACACGCUCCUGUCCGAUACACCCUGAAGACACGUCUCUUAAACACUGGGCUUUUCUCACUCAUCUCCAACAACAACAGCUUUUUACUGGGACUGAGACACUUAUAAAUGGUGUAUUUAUUUAUUAUUGUGUAAUAUCUCUGUAUUUAUUAAUGCAAAGUGUAAACUGCAAAUGAUUUUAUUUUUUGUUAUGGAGUGCAGGAGUCUGUAAGGUCUUUAUUCAAUCCAGUUUCCUUUGAUUGGUGUAAUGUUUAGGAGAGCAUUCGUGGUUAUUUAUGUGAAUAAUGUUUAGUUUCAUUACAGAUAACUGACCACAUGGAUGUGUUGAUAUGGCACAUUGUGCUGUUUUGUUUUUCUUCUAAACUACACACGUAUAUAUUCUGUAUUUCCCAGAAUGAUGUAACUCAGAGACUGACUGAGGCUAAACCUCGUCAAGACAGCGUAAAAGCACAGUGACUUUGAAAUCAUGACCAAAUGAUUAAAAAAUAUCAAAUAUUCUCUCAGAAAUGACAAUUAGCACAAUUACACAAUAAAUACACUUACGGUCCGUUACGCCAUAAUGAGAAACAUCAACAUCCAAUAAACUGGGAGCUAUGAGAAAAUGUUGACUUCAGUUGCUGAGAAUUUGUCCACAUUUACUUUACCACCAACUGACAAACACCUCAGUCAAGCGACAUAAUCUCGUGUUAUAACACUUUCCAUGUGUACGUCUUUUUUUCCGGUUGUCCGUGAGCAUCGUUAGCGAGUCUAAACGCU